UACCUCUUACCACACCGAUCCCUCACUAGAAAACACAUAGAAUCUCACUCUCAGAUCGAAGAAACUGGGAGAAAAUGAGGUUCUCUUCCCAAGAAAACCCUUCUCUCUUCUUCUUCUUUUUCCUAUGUCUCUCCACAGUCUCUGCUUACACCAACUCAAGCAACAACGGUGAUGAAGCAGUAAGAAGAGAGCUACGUUCUGGGAGAUGCAACUGGUUUAGAGGGAAUUGGGUUUAUGACGUAAAGUAUCCACUUUACGAUCCUUAUAAAUGUCCGUUCAUAGAUCCACAGUUUAACUGCAAGAAGUACGGUCGUCCCGACAAUCUUUACCUUAAGUAUCGAUGGCAACCAUCCUCUUGCUCUCUCCCCAGAUUCAAUGGGUUGUAUUUCUUGAGAAAGAUGAGAGGGAAGAAGAUAAUGUUAGUUGGAGAUUCACUAAGCACAAACAUGUGGCAGUCUCUUGCUUGUCUAAUUCACUCUUGGGUUCCUAAAACUCGUUACACUCUUCUUCGACAAAAGGGUCUCGUUUCCCUCACCUUUGAGGAAUAUAGAGUGACGUUGAAGCUAUACAGAACACAGUUCUUAGUAGAUUUAGAUUCUGAGAAAGUUGGGAGAGUGCUUAAGCUGGAUUCUAUUAAACAAGGCAGAAUGUGGAGAGGCAUGGACGUCUUGGUUUUCAACAGUUGGCAUUGGUGGACCCAUACCGGUCACAUCCAGCCGUGGGAUUACAUGGAAGAUGGGCAUAGAUUAUACAAAGACAUGAACAGGCUGGUCGCUUACUACAAAGGUAUGACCACUUGGUCUCGAUGGGUUAACGCUUUUGUCGAUCCGUCUAAGACCAGAGUCUUCUUCAAUGGCGUUUCUCCUACUCACUACGAGGGUAAGGAUUGGGGAGAACCAAUGAAGACAUGUAAAAGUCAAACACAGCCAUUCUACGGGAGGAAGUAUCCAGGAGGGAUACCAAUGGCUUGGGUAGUUUUAGCCAAAGUGAUGAUGAGAUUGAAGAAACCGGUCCAUUGGCUCGACAUAACCGGUCUAUCUCAGCUUCGUAAAGAUGCUCACCCUUCUGCUUUCAGUGGGAACCAUCCCGGUAACGACUGUAGCCAUUGGUGUCUUCCUGGUUUACCUGAUACUUGGAACAUACUCUUUUACUCUAAACUUUUCUCUUGAAAUCUCUCUUCCUUUAUACAAAUGUCUAAGUUACUGAAUAACUAUCUAUAUAUUUUUAGUUAAUCUUGUAUUGUGGCCUUUGAUUCUUGAAUAAAACAACGUUUUAGAUACCAA